AUGAGCUGUGGAAAGGAUUUUGUGGAAACACUAAAGAAAACUGGAUAUCCAAAAGCUGAUGAGCUUAAUGGAGAAGAUUUUGACUGGCUGUUUGAGUCUUUGGAAGACAAAUCAUUUCUGGAGUGGUUCUGUGGAAAUAUAAAUGAGCAGCAUGGGGUAUCUGAAAAAGAACUGCAAGAUUUUGAUAGUCUUCUUGAGUCUGGUAAGCUUGUUUUGGAAGGAAAUGCACUGGAUGAAGCACUUAAAACCUUGAACCCCAUGGAUUCAAAGAGUAGUAGCCAAGAGGAGGAGAAAGAAGAGGAACUGAAAAAUUUAGAGGAUGAGCUUCAAGCUCUUCACAAGUUAAAAAAACUUCAAAUUCAUCGGCAUAAUAAGCUUCAAAUGAUGAUUUCUGCAAACAGCCAUACGUUACAAACAUUAAAAAACAGAGAGGAAGAAGCACGUAAAGAUUGGAGAGAAGGACUGCAGGUGUCUACUGAAGCAAAUAAUGAGCUUAAUAAUGAACUGCUCUCUCUUAUGGAUGCAACCAAGAAACUGUCGUCUGUCUUCACUGCUUCAGAUUCAGAACAAGGGUCAGGUCCACAUCCAGUGUUUUUUCACCAGCUUUCUUUGGACAAGUAUUUGUCUCAGGAAGAACAAAAGACUGCAGCACUUACCUCAUAUGUAAAUAAACAUUUUUCUGAAGGUAUAUCUGAAUGGGUUGAAAAUUCACAGGAAGGCAGCCUUCAGCGUGCAGAUGCAAGCCAACAAGUCACUUGUGAUGAGGCUAAUGAAGUUUGUGAAGAGAGUCAAGAGAUCGCCAGGCUCCAGACAGCAUAUAUUUGUGCUCAAUAUCAGCUAAUUCAAACACAAGCUAAAGAGGAGAGCAUGAAUUCAGCUAAAAAAUGCAUGGAGAGCAUGCUGCAGUCCUUAAACAACAAGAUUGCUCAGCAGGACUAUUAUGCUUCAAGACAAGAUGAAAUAUGCAGGUAUUUGAUAAGGCAGAAGGCAUCAUUUGAACUUCUUGAGCUAGCCUAUGAAAGGGAGUUGAAGAAGCAUGAAGACAUUUGCUCUCAACUUAAUAAUUUGCUAGAAUCUCUGAAACAGAGCAGUAAUGAGUUGCAACAGAGACUACAGGUGGUAACUGAGCAAACUCAACAUGCAAAGCCAAGGAACACUAUUAGUUUAAAGGAUGGUUUCUCUUGCAGGCUAUAUCAGCUUCUGGAAGGAGAAAAACCACAGCAGUUGUUUAAAACAUAUGAAAGACUGGAGCAGAUGGCCCAGAAGUUAAAGCAGGACUGUGCUACAGUACAAGAUCAGCUAGCAGCAUCUUAUCAAGAAGAGUCUUUCCUUUUAUCCAAGCUAGGAAGGGAUCUACGUACCCUUCAGGACGCUCUGUAUCAUGGAGGAAAUGAGAUACAACUCGGUAGUCAGGAACUUUGUGAGCAGUUUCUUCAACUGGAAGCCGAUAUAAAUAAACUAAAUCAACUCCUUUUGGAUCUGAUUGCUGAUGUGAAGUCAAAGAGAAACUUCUUAGAGUCCAAUAAGCUGCAUCAGAUGCAAAGAAACUUGUAUGUGUAUUUUUUCAAUGAUGAAGACCACUUGAAAGAGAUGGUGGAGAAGCUUGAGCAGCAGUCUGAAGCUAAGGCCAGUGUCCUGGAAGAUCAGAAUUUCACCACCAGUGGAGUUCUUAAUGAUUAA